AUGACUAAGUUCUUGAUCGUUGCUCUGGCGUUGAUAGCAGUAGCAGCUGCAGAGCCUGACUUGAGUGGUGGAAUUCGUCGCUCAGGAAUCGGCCAAGGCAGCAGCGGUCUCGGCAUUGGAGGUGGAUUAGGUUCCGGCCACCAUGGCCUUGGAUACAGCAGCGGCAGCGGUUUAGGUGGCCGACAAUCUGGUCUCGGCGGUGGAUUGGGAUCUAUACAAGGAGGCUUCGGAGGACAAGGCGGCCGAGGUAUCGGCCAAGGAGGACUAGGAGGAGGUUACAGAAGUGGUGGAUUGGGUCAUGGAGGUCUCGGUGGAGGAUAUUAA